GAAAAACCUUUGCGCACUAUUUCAAGUUGUGCAAUGUGGCGGCUGGUUUGAUGACACGACGACAUCAUGUUGAAUGUUCUACUUUCUCCUAUAAUAACGCGCAAUACAUCCCUGUAUUGUGUGCGGUUUUAUUCACAGUCGGCUGAUAAAGCACUUUUGUAUAAACUGCGCAAAGCAACUGGUUAUACAUUUUCAGCUUGUAAAGAAGCACUCGUUAAACAUGAAAAUGAUCUUGAGAAAGCCAAAGAUUGGUUAGCAAAAGAGGCUGUUGCUCGAGGUUGGGACAAGGCUGGCAAACUAGCAGGACGGUCAAUGAGUGAAGGUCUUUUGGGAGUACUAGGGAGUCGUACUCGGGCUGUUAUUGUUGAAGUUAAUUGUGAAACUGAUUUUGUUGCGAGGAAUAAUUCUUUUCAGUCUCUAGUAGCUGUAACUGCUGAGACUGUAAUGCAAAAUUACACAGAACCAACUCAAAUUUCUUUGGAUUCUGACCAACUGAAUAAGUUAACCAUGCCAAACUCUUCAACUCUACAAAAUAUUGUGGCUGCGGCCAUAGGGUCUAUUGGUGAAAGUAUUAAGAUAAGAAGAGCGAUAGGAAUUUGUGUCCCCGAAGGCUCGAGCUCAAGUCGUUUAGCCAUUUAUUCUCACACAAGCACAGAAGGUAUAUUGCAAGGAAUACGAGACGUUCGUUUCGGAAAAUAUGCUGCAGUUAUCCGGUAUAGACCAGUGAAUGAUAAACCUGCCAAUGAUGCAUGGCAUGAACGUGCUGCCCGUCUAGGCAGACAGAUAUGUCAACAUAUUGUUGGCAUGAAUCCAAAUCCUGGCUUACAACCAAUCCAUACAGUUACAUCUACAGUUACAAAUCCAGAUGAAGAGAAAUCUUUACUAUUACAACCUUUCUUGUUAGAUGAAACAAUUAGUGUUGGAGAACAUUUAUUACGGAAUGAAAUGAUCCUAGAAGAUUUUAUUCGUGUUGAAUGCGGUGAAAGUGAUCCAGUGGAUACUACUAAAAAUGUCUUACCAAAUGAAGGUCAACCAGUCGCUCAGACAUCUUAAAAGCAUUAUUCACAAUUAUUGCCAAUGUGAUUAUUAUCUGAAAGAGUUGUUAUAUUACUUACUGUGUAUAGUAUUGAAAAAUUAAUAUGAAUUGUUGUAAACAUAAUUCAACGUGUACAUCGUGUGUGUGUGUGUGUGUGUGUUUGAAUAUCUUUAAGGCAUUUAGAAGAAAUAUAGUCUGAAAGAGAUUUUUGCUCAAUUUUAAUUACACACUCAACAAGUAAGCUUGUUUUCAUCACAUCAUACUUAAUUUUUUCUCUAGUUUUUGAUAUUUCUAAGACAGUUUAGUUUAACUCUUAAAGUAGACUUUACUUGUUUAGUUGUUUUGUUUUGUUUUGUUUUGCGAAUAUGUACACAAUUAUGUACUUUUCUUUCAUGAAUACCUUUCAUAUUGUUUUGUCUCUUUUACAUAACCUAUGUUUGUAUGUAUGUAUGUUUUCUAUUCAUUAUAUAGACAAGUUGCAUAACUUUUUAUUAUAUAAAGCUUCUCAUCUG